UGUAUGUAUGUAUACCUCAGCUAUAAAGAAGAUGCCUAUAGCGAUCAAUACCGAGAAGCCAAAGACUCAACACUAUGAAUUACCAACUGCUUUCUUCCAACUUGUUCUUGGAAGAAACAUGAAGUACAGCUCUUGUUACUUCCCAAAAGAUGCAAGUAGCUUAGAAGAUGCAGAGGAAGCAAUAUUGGCUCUAUACUGUGAAAGAGCUAAAGUGGAGGAUGGACACAGUGUUCUUGAUGUCGGAUGUGGCUGGGGUUCUUUGUCUUUGUACAUUGCCCGCAAGUUUAGCAAAUGCAAGUUAACUGGUAUCUGCAACUCAACAACACAGAAAGCUUUUAUCGAUGACCAAUGCCGGAAACUCGGACUUCAGAACAUUGAAAUAAUUGUUGCGGAUAUUAGCACUUUUGAGCAUGAUGGGACAUACGAUCGAGUAUUCUCCAUCGAAAUGUUUGAGCAUAUGAAAAAUUAUGGAGAGCUUCUGAAGAAAAUAGGAAAAUGGAUGAAGGAGGAUAGUCUUCUGUUUGUUCACUAUUUCUGCCAUAAGACCUUUGCUUACCACUUUGAGGAUGUGAAUGACGAUGACUGGAUCACAAGACACUUCUUCAGCGGAGGAACAAUGCCAUCGGCGAAUCUUCUCCUCUAUUUCCAAGAAGAUGUUUCGAUUGUGGAUCAUUGGCUCGUAAACGGGAAGCAUUAUUCAAAAACAAGUGAAGAGUGGCUCAAAAGAAUGGAUAAAGAGAUAGUUGCAAUUAAAGAGAUAAUGGAAAUGACUUAUGGGAAAGAAAAUGCAGUGAAGUGGAUGGUUUACUGGAGAACCUUCUUCAUAGCGGUUGCUGAGCUGUUCGGAUACAACAAUGGAGAAGAGUGGAUGGUUGCACACUUCCUCUUCAAGAAGAAAUGAUUGAUUUCUUUAUUUUCUUCCAUUUUUUUUUUGAAUAAAGAAUACAACAAUCUCAUUCUACUUUGAUUACCCCUCUCCUACUACUUAAAUAAUAUGAAUUUUAUGGUUUGAAA